AUGCCCUUUGUUGCGUGGCCGGAGGGCCAGACGCUCGUGGUGGUGUUGCUGACGGCGGCGGCGACGGUGUGCCGUGGUGGCGACUCGAAUUCGUCAGCUGGAGUCAACGUUUCAAAAGCUGUGUGGGAGACUCCCUGGGAGGAUGGUGGUGUUGUGCCUGCGGGUCGUCUGCCUUAUGUGGCGUCUAUCAGCCAUGUUGGCAACAACCGACAUGUCUGCACAGGGGUCCUGGUGGAUCCAUUGUACGUGUUGACACUGAGUCAAUGCGUGGAGGAAAACUCGGUGUACAGCGCUGGCAAGAAGCCCCUUGUGCACCUGGGACUGACACAUGUGGACGCAGGAACAGAACAGAUCGAAAAAGAGAUCUUUCUGGUUGAAAAGACAUUCAUCGAUGGGGAGGUGGCACUCCUGAAGCUGAGCAGGCCUUCAUGUCAGCCACAUCCCCGCAUCCUCUCCGACGAGAUGGUCCUGCGAGAUGGCAAUCAGAACCUGGUGGCCGUGGGCUGGGGACACAAGAUGGUGGAGCUGGGACAGGACAUCUUUGGCCACCUGCGCGUGGAGACGACGCAUUACUUCAGCGCCAAUUUGUGCAACAACCCAAAGCUGAUGAAUGGUGAAGUGGCAGAAGGGCACUUUUGUGGCUUCAAUUCUCAACAAUAUGCCUCCUGCAUUGUGGACUCUGGAUCCCCCAUUCUGCUUCCCCACAGGGCCGAUGAUUUUCUGGAGGACGGUGGCUAUCAGACCCUGGAUUUCUUGGUGGGCAUCAAUUUUGGAGGGGCACCGUGUGGUCAGGCUGCCAAGCCUGAUGAGUACGUGGACGUGGGGCGCUUGGAGCCAUGGAUUAAGGGCACCAUUGCCAAAGAGGCAGAAAGGCUGGCAACAGGCACUGCUGCUUUGGAGGAGCAGAUCAACAAUAACUCUCAGCCCAUCACAAAGGAGGACCUGCUCAAUACCAUUAACGCCUUUGCGCCAACACGCCCUCAGGCCAGCGACUACUUCCUGGUGGCUACCCUGGUAACCAUUUGUGUAAUGUGCUUCACUAUGCUCAUGUUAAGUGGGCACAACCCCAGGAAUUCCGAAGGGGGAACGAUGGUCAUCGCUGAUGUGGUGGAACAGUCUUCACCUCAUGGGAGAACACCUCCACACCUGAUGGGAGGCACCUCCACACCUGCUGUGAGAGUAAUUCCCCCAGCCCAGGACCAUCAAAGGAGGGAGAACUCUGCACCUGCCAUCAGGACGGUCGAUGCAGGGGGAUCAAUGAACCUUCAGAGGAUAGAAGACGCCCCACCGCUGAACGGCAGCUCUCCAGCUGCCAUGAAGAGCCCCUUUGAAGUGUACAAGGAGAGGAUGGAGUGGCUCUACAAGAUCAAAUCGUUCCCAUUCUUCAAUCUGGACAUGCAAGCUUCCAUUCUGGAGGUGAAAAUGUAUGUCAACCAGUCUCUGGGGUCAGGCGGCAGCGGUACAGUGUUUCCUGGGAUGCUGCUUGAUUUGGCCAUUGGCAGGGAGCAGAAGGUGGCGAUCAAGAAGAUGGAUCCUUUGAAGAUGACAAGCGAGCUGCAAAUCGCCAAAGUGGUGUGCAGGGACAGGCACCCCAACAUCGUCCAGAUCCUGGGUGCCAGGCUGGACAAGGUGGAGGCGCCCAACAGGCAAAGCACCAUCAUCGAUGGGUACAUGGUGAUGGAGCAGAUGUCCCACAAUUUACGGGCAGCGUUGCAAGACCCUGGGGUCGCGCUGGGCCUGUCACGGGCCCAGGCCCUGGAUAUCUUGAUUGGGGUGGCCUCCGGGUUGAUGCACCUGCACCAACUGAAUGUUGUGCAUCGGGAUGUUAAGCCUGGCAAUGUGCUGCUGAGACUGGCGAUCAUGAGCGGGAGCAUGAGUGUGGAGGUACAGGAUGUGAAGUUGACAGACUUUGACCUGUCAGGGGUGUAUGAGGACAAUCAGGUCAGUGUUGGGAUCUGUGGGACACCAGGGUACAUGGCCCCAGAGUUGAGGGGCGAAGAUGAUGGGGCCAAGGUGCAUGGGAAGGCACUGGACAUGUUCGCCUUUGGCCUGCUGAUCCGCGAAGUCAUCGGGGGAUCCAAAACCACAUUGUUGACUUCGUGCCCAAGAGAAUGGCAUGCCCAUGUGCAAGGCAUAGCAGACCUUGCUGAGCGCUGCACUUCACAAGACCCGACACAGAGGCCGAGUGCUGCUGAGGCCCUGGAGGUGCUGAAGUCAGUGAAGUCAAGAUCAUGGUUCAGCAGCAGCGGUCAUCUGAGUCGCAAGCUCACAGACAUCAUUCACCUCCUGCAUUUGGGCAACAACUGCCCCAGAGCCUUUGGGGACUCCAACUCGUAUGGGGGUCUCUGGUGGAGGGAAUGCUUGAAGCUACUGGUGGCCGUUGCAAGAGAACUGCACAGUCAGCGAUCAGCUGUCGCCAACCUCUCAGCAGAUAUCGACCUGGGAAGUUACCUGUUCAUCGAGAAGGUUGGCAAGGAUGAUGGCAGCCAUGACUACAAGGCUGUGUUUGCCAUCCCAGAGUCAGCGGAAGCUGUUCUGCAAAAAGGUGACGACUCAGUCCAGGAGCCUUCCGCCAGCUUGGGUACCCCCAAGGACAACAUCUCUGCAUUAGCCCAGCUCAUGGAUGAUCUGUUCGUGGCGACUGAGGAGGAGCGCUUCCUGCAAGAGAACGCGCUGCUGCCUCCUGAGCUGGUGGACCUUAUGGAGGCGGUGAGGACAGGGAGGAAUGGCGACACCUACAACAGUGUUGCCGAUCAGCUCCAGGCAGCAUUGGAUGGCGGCCGCUUUUGGCUCAUCAAAAGGGCCAUUCCGUGCAGGCGUCCCAACAGUGCGUCAGGUUCUGGCAGUGUGUAG